AUCGGACUGAUGCUAAUUUAAUUGCGAAGCUUAACAUAACCUCAAUUUACUUAGUUUGUGUUUAGUUUAGUUUGAUAAUGAAUAAAACCGGAAAUAAAGUGAAUUUGCCUUGGGUGGAAAAGUAUCGCCCGAGUACUUUGGAUGACCUCGUAUCCCACGAAGACAUCAUAAAAACAAUCUCAAAGUUUAUUAAAGAGGACCAAGUACCGCAUUUAUUAUUUUAUGGCCCUCCCGGCACCGGAAAAACUAGCACCAUUUUAGCGUGCGCCAAACAGCUUUAUAAACCAUCGCAAUUUACUUCAAUGGUUUUAGAAUUAAACGCAUCAGAUGAUCGCGGUAUCGGUAUAGUUCGAGGUCAAAUCUUAACGUUUGCAAGUACCAGAACCAUUUUUAAAUCCGGUUUUAAAUUAAUUAUUCUCGAUGAAGCCGAUGCGAUGACUUUAGAUGCGCAAAACGCACUGAGACGAAUAAUUGAGAAAUACACGGAAAACAUCCGAUUUUGCAUCAUUUGUAAUUAUUUGAGUAAAAUAACCCCGGCCAUUCAAAGUAGAUGUACGAGGUUCCGAUUUGGGCCUUUGUCACCCGAACAAAUUUUGCCUAGAUUGAAUUAUGUCAUCGAUGAAGAAAAAGUUAAAGUAUCAGAAGAUGGCAAAAAAGCUUUAUUAACUCUAGCUAAUGGUGAUAUGAGGAAAGUUCUGAACGUACUCCAAAGCACUUGGUUAGCCUAUAAAGAUGUCACAGAAGACAACGUUUAUACAUGCGUUGGGCAUCCUUUAAAAAGCGAUAUUGAAAACAUCGUGAAAUGGUUGUUAAAUGACGAUUUUAAAGUUGCUUAUUUAAAUAUUAAAGAGUUAAAAACAGUGAAAGGGUUAGCUUUAAACGAUAUUUUAGAGGAGGUUCAUAAUUAUAUUCAUCGAAUUGAGUUCCCUUACAAGAUUUUAAUUGAUCUCUUGGAUAAGAUGGCUACGAUUCAAUUGAGACUCUCGUCCGGAACGAAUGAAAACAUCCAAUUAACAUCGUUAAUUUCUGCCUUUCAAUGUGCCCGGGAUAUUACUGUUUCUAAUUAAGUUGGAAUAAAAUAAUUUAACAGGAAAA